UGGGAAUCAUUUUGACUAUUUUUCAUCCAAAGUGUGAUGAAAUGAGUUCACACCUUUUGUUUCAUCCAUCAGAUCAAUAGUACCGAAUUUUGUUUAAUUUGAAACAUUUUUUUAUCGGGGCUCGGGCUGGCCGGGCUUACGUCCGACUGGCUUCAAUUUUUGGCGGCAAAAGCUUCAAGGUUAGCGAUCUGGUCGAUUAGUCUAGAUAUUUAACCCUUACUCUAACCAUUAUGGUAACUUCUUACCGUAGAUUAACCUGCUUGUGCCCAGAAUAGCACUCCCUCUAAUUUUUCAUUGUAGGGUCUUUUCCACAACAUUCCUGCAUUAACUUUGUAUCGAGGUAUGAGCUCAUGACUGUUGAGUUCACAGUCUAAGGUUUGACGAAUAUCAUCGUUAUAGUUAGCGCUUCAAUGGAAUCAGAAACCUUAACUAUAUCACCGAUCAUCAGACCCAUAAAUAAAGGUGUGGUUCAUAGAAUCUGCGCCGGCCAAGUCAUUUUGGACCUAUCAUCCGCCGUUAAGGAGCUCGUUGAAAACAGCUUAGACGCCGGUGCAACCAGCAUCGAAAUAGCAUUGAAAGAGCACGGCGCUGAGUCUUUCCAGGUUAUCGACAAUGGCUGUGGCAUUUCACCCAAUAAUUUCAAGGUUCUAGCACUUAAGCACCAUACUUCCAAAUUGGCAGAUUUUCCAGAUCUUCAGUCUCUGUCAACGUUUGGUUUUAGAGGGGAGGCAUUGAGUUCACUUUGUGCAUUAGGGAAUUUGACUGUUGAAACAAGGACGAAAAAUGAGUCAGUUGCAACGCACUUGACUUUUGACCAUUCAGGUCUACUAACAGCUGAGAAGAAAACUGCACGUCAAAUUGGUACCACUGUCACCAUUCAGAAAUUAUUCUCAAAUUUACCCGUUCGAAGCAAAGAAUUUAGUCGCAACAUACGCAAGGAAUAUGGAAAGCUAAUUUCUUUGUUAAAUAUGGUAGAAUAUUCUUCACUGCUUUUUAUUUUUAAUUAUCAGGCCUACGCGCUUAUUGCGAAAGGAGUUCGAUUGGUCUGCACCAACACCACUGGAAGAAAUGUGAAAUCUGUGGUACUUAAAACACAAGGGACUGGUUCCCUUAGAGAUAACAUCAUAACAGUGUUUGGAAUGAACACUUUCAGCUGCUUAGAGCCUGUGACUAUAUGUGUAUCAGACUGUUGCAAGGUUGAAGGUUUCCUUUCCAAGCCUGGACAGGGCAAUGGACGCAAUUUGGGAGACAGGCAAUAUUUUUUUGUGAAUGGACGACCUGUAGAUCUGCCUAAAGUCAGCAAACUAGUUAAUGAGUUAUAUAAAGGUGCAAACUCACGACAAUAUCCCAUUGCGAUUAUGAAUUUUAUUGUCCCUACUAGAGCAUGUGAUGUCAAUGUGACUCCUGACAAAAGAAAAAUAUUCCUUUCUGAUGAAUGCACUAUAUUACAUGUUCUAAGAGAGGGUUUACAGCAGAUCUAUUCCCAAGGCAAUACCAGUUAUUCUGUUAAUAAAGUCGAAGAGCAUUCAAGGCAAGCAGAUAGCUCUAAGUUUUGUUUUACACAUGAGAAAUCUACUGUGAUGGUAGAACAGUUAUCUGCAGUUGGAAUUACGUCCAAAGAAGUUCAGGAGAAGCAAACUUCAGGGAGCAUUGCUCCAUUGAAAAUCAAAAUUGAUACUCAGCACUCACAUGGCAUAGAAGGAUCAGUCCAUUGUACCAAUGAAAACUUAAUUUUGAAGGACUUCACCCUCAGAGCACAUGACAAUAAGAAGGGUGACAUUUUUCCGAAAUAUUCUCCAUCCUCUUCCAAAGUGAUUGAGAAAAUAGUUGCUGAAAAUAGAGAGUCAAAUAGUCAUUCAAGCAGUAUUCAGUCAUCAAUUAGCAAAUUUGUAACUGUGAGUAAGAGGAAGUAUGAAUCUAUUGGUACAACAUUAUCUGAAGUGCCUGUUUUAAGAAAUCAGAGCCUUCAAUGUCAAUUGAAGACCAGUUCUGCUGCGGCUACAAUGUCCCCAGUUAAGUAUAACUUGGGUGGUGAUUCUGCUGAGGUUAACAAGGAUGAGCCAUUUAAGUGCCUUAGAACAGACAAGGUUUUUAAGGAAAUUGAAAAUCCUCUUUCUUCUGAAGCCAGUGCUGAUGGAAGACCUGGAGAGGACUUAGGCACUCAACAAGAAGUCAUGCCUCUUGUUAUUUCACCAUCAAUUACUUCAUCUAGCAAGAGUCUCCAAAAAAAUUCAUGUCUUCCAGCUGUGGCAUCUUCUUUAAAGUGUUCUGGAUCGCAGCUGGAUGCUCCACUGACUUCUUCUGGACUAGUGAUAUGUUCUACCUUGCAAUUUAGUUUUGAAGAAUUAAGGAGUAGGAGGCAGCAAAGGCUGUUUAGAACACAUUCUAGCAGUUUCAUGUCUGGAAGUGUAAAGAUGAGAAGGUGCUAUGCUGCUGCAACACUAGAGCUGUCUCAACCAGAAAACGAGGAGCGUAAAGCAGGGGCUUUAGCGGCAGCAACUACUGAACUGGAAAGACUCUUUAGAAAAGAUGACUUUGGUAGAAUGAAGGUGAUUGGGCAAUUCAAUCUUGGAUUUAUCAUUGGGAAGCUAGACAGUGAUUUAUUUAUUGUGGAUCAGCUUUUACUUUAUUCUCAGCAUGCUGCUGAUGAGAAAUACAAUUUUGAGCGUUUGUCAGAAUCAACCACCUUGAAUCAGCAGCCUUUGCUUCGGCCAUUGAGGUUGGAGUUAACUCCUGAAGAAGAAAUUGUUGCUUCAAUGCAUAUGGACAUAAUAAGGAAAAAUGGAUUUGCUUUGGAGGAGGAUCCACUAGCUCUGACAGGGCAACGUUUUAAACUUAAAGCUGUUCCCUUCAGUAAAAACAUAACUUUUGGAGUUGAAGAUGUGAAGGACCUGAUUUCUUCUCUUGCUGAUAGUGAAGGGGAAUGCUCAAUUAUCAGUUCUUACAAAAUGGACACUGCAGAUUCUGUUUGCCCAUCUAGAGUUCGUGCAAUGCUGGCUUCCCGUGCAUGCAAAUCAUCUGUUAGGAUUGGAGAUGCUCUAGGAAGAAAUGAGAUGCAGAAGAUCCUUGAGCAUCUGACAGACCUGAAGUCUCCUUGGAAUUGCCCACAUGGUCGUCCAACCAUGCGUCAUUUGGUUGAUUUGACAACCAUCCGCAAAACUUACAAUGAAGAUGAUGCAGAUUGCUGAUGGACCUUUUGGUUACUACUGGCCCUUGGCUUAGCUUUAAUAUAUGAAUGGUUACUGUUUGGUUAUAGAUUUUGUUGGAGUUCUCUUUUAUUAUGUUUUCAUUGAAUUUCCCAAAUUCAUGUAGCAAUAUACAAUCAGUUACAGGCUAUAAAUGUAUAUAUGGCAUCUCCUACAUGUACUUCCAGUUCUAUAUUUAUAUAACUUUUUGUUUUAGCAA